UAUUUUAAGCUGAUGCGACUGGUUACUGGCAGCGUCAUAGUCUCAAGGCAACGUCUGACGUUGACGUGAGAUAAACGGUGAAACUUCUGUUGUGAACAAAACUUCCAAGUCUUUUUUAAUCAAGACUCUAAACACUAUUGAGUAAUAUUUUUAAAACAGUAUUUUUAAAGAAAUUAUAGAAUUAAUUUGCAGUUUAAGUGGAGCUUCUACAUAAAUAUAUGUUAACUUUGAACGAUGUCGAAAUGGAUUGGUUGUGCGGUGUCGGUAAAUUGUGGCGAACCUCUUGGUUAUUAUCAGGGCACAAUCCUGAAAGCGGAUGCAAAUACUAUCACGCUUACGAAGGCCUUUAGGAAUGGUUUUCCAUACCCGAAAUCACAAGUAACACUCAAAGCUGCUGAUAUAAAAGAUUUAAAAAUUAUAGAAGAGGCAAAGGUAGAUCCACAAGAACUAAGUCAUAGUACCGUUAGAGUCACUAAGACCAAUAAGAAAGGCCCUAGAGCUACUGUUUCUGAGAAUUUACAGGCAAACUCUUCUAAUACGGGGAUACAACAAAACAAUGCCUCUAAUAAGACAACUGCCAAUCGGGGUGGAACCACACCAGCACGUAGCAAGCCUAUAGAUAUUCAACCUAAUAGAAACAAGAAUAAUACAAAUGCUGGUAGUUAUAAUUUGAGUUCAACUCCAAAGGCACGUGGUGGGGGUGGAAGUGGGGGAAGUAUGGGAGGUGGCACAGAACGGGCUAGACGUCGUAAUGAGGCAUGUUUUGGGGACGCAGCAGACCCAGCCUUCGAAGAUGACUUUGACUUCGAGGGCAACCUUGCACUGUUUGACAAGCAGGCGGUGAGUUGGGAAGUCCGAGGAGGAGCGGGAGGCGCUGCCCGUCCCGACGUAGUUGCUGACGCGGCCAUGAGACACGACGAGAACGUGCUGCCAGCUCCGCCCGCCGCUCGACCUACUCUGCGUUUGCCGGCGCCGCUUCAAGCUUCCCAUCAUUACACCACGGAUGACGGUCGAACUAUACCUGCAGCCACGCCGCGCGCCCGACAAAUGCUUUGGGAGAGUCUCCUCCGUCUGCGAUUGCUCGAUAGCGCGUUGCUGCUCGUAGCGCGAGCAGUGGCCGACUUGGCGUUGCGUUUGUGUGGUGGUGGAAGACGUCUCGAGGCCAGGAACGCCCAUCAAGUUCCCGUCGUGGUGGUGGCGGCCGGUACCCACCUCGGUGGGGCAGCCGGCGUGUUGACUGCGCGGUUAUUGCUCUCGCACGGUGUCCGCGCCCAUGUCGCCUUAAGUGGUGAGGGCGCCGAGUCGUGUGCGCUGCUCCAACGGGAGCUGACAGCGUUCGCCGCAGCGGGAGGGUCAGCCGCGUGGGGCAUGGAUGGCGCCCCGGUGGCCGAUCUGGUGGUACUGGCGCUAUACGAUCCUUUGGCGGAUGCUGGCCGCGCGGGGCAUUCAGAGGUGUUGGGGUGGGCACGCGCGCAGAGAGCCGCCGCGCUGGCGUUGGAGCCCCCGGCUGGUGGUUGGGCGGACACGCCCACUCGCGCCGCAGUCGUGGGCGGACUGCCGACGCCGUUGGAUGCCUCACUUGGCCGCGUCUUCCUUGCCAACAUUGCUCCUCCGCAGCAAAUUUUUAAGGAGAUGAACAUCGAAUACCAAUCACCGUUCGGUGCCGCUUCUCUACUGCCGCUGCAUUGAUUCACUUCUCAUAUUCAGAUUGGGCGCUCACUAAAGUCGACCCCUGUAAUUAAUAUAAAUUGAAUCUGGACGCUGUAUUUAGAGAUUAAAAAUAUAUUAAUUUACGGAAUUAUAUAAUAAGGGCGAAUAAACUGAGACUACGGCAUUUCAUUGUAAAUGCUUAUUUCUAAGCAUUUUUUUUCUACUUAUACCAGCUAGUUUCCUGGUCUUACAUUAUAAUUAUGAUUUUUCAAAGUAAACGUCAUUUAUAAUAUUUGUAAACAGGAACUAGUUCUAAGUGGGUGUCAUUUUAUUCGUCUUUUUGUGUAUAUGUAUAUUCUCAACUGCAGAUUCUCGAAACUAAUUUUUAUAUGCGAUUUAAUUUAAUUAGUGAUGCGUGGCAAUGAAAUAAGUGGGCCCUGUGAUAUUUCAGAUGAAUAAUAAUUAUAUAUUUUUAUGUAGAUUGUGAAUUUUGGAAUGUGUGUCGGCUGAGAAGUAUGUUAACUUGUAUCUCAAGCAUUUGGUUCAUAAUUAUUAAACUUAUGGAUGUA